AUGCGUGGUGGUGCUCAAAGAAGGACCAGAGCUAGGGUAACUAAUCAAAUAAGAGCUACUAUCAUUGACCAUGUCAUAAACCAUGGGCUAUCAUACAGAGAGGCUGGUGAAAGAGUACAGCCAAAUCUCAGCCGUGACACAGUGGCAUCCAUUGUCCGUAUUUUCAGAGAAACCAACAGGAUUGAACGUCUACCUCCCUCAGGGGGCAGAGGACAGCUCCUAAAUGAAGAACAGGAACUAGCUAUUGUCAACAUAGUAAUUGCUGACAAUGAAAUAAAACUGAAGGACAUUCAGUCCAGAGUUGUAGAGGACAACCUUGUCUUUGCGAACAUUGCAGCAAUCAGCAUAACAACCAUUUCUCGGACUCUAGCUAAACACAGAGUUCGAAUGAAACAACUAUACAAAGUUCCAUUUGAAAGGAACAGUGAGCGCAUCAAAGAACUCCGUCACCAAUAUGUCCAGAGAGUCAUGGAGUUGGAGGCCAAUCAAGUCCCACAUGAAAUUAUCUAUGUUGAUGAGGCUGGCUUCAACUUGGCGAAAAGGCGUCGCCGUGGGAGAAACAUAAUUGGCAAAAGGGCCACAGUCACUGUGCCGGGCCAGAGAGGAGCCAACAUCACCAUGUGCGCUGCAAUCUCCAACAACGGUCCACUCCUACAUAAAUGUGAGAUUGGCCCCUACAACACUGACCGGCUUCUCCUAUUUUUAGAAGAACUACACGAAAGACUGGUGCCAGAGGUAGAAAGGGGACAGGUGGGAGACCACUUGCCAAUAUAUGUGAUCACAUGGGACAAUGUGGCAUUCCACCAUUCCCGUGCAGUCACAGCCUGGUUUGACGCCCAUCCAAGGAUGAUGUCCCUUUUCCUUGCCCCUUACUCCCCUUUCCUCAACCCCAUUGAAGAGUUUUUUUCAGCCUGGAGAUGGAAGGUUUUUGACCAUCGUCCACAUGACCAAAUGACCCUCCUGGAUGCAAUGGGUGCUGCAUGCCAAGACAUCACAGCUGAACACUGCCAGGGGUGGAUAAGGCAUGCAAAAAGAUUCUUCCCAAUGUGCCUUGCCAGAGAAGAUAUCAGGUGUGAUGUGGAUGAGAACAUGUGGCCAAAUGCAGAAGACCGGGCAGAUAGAAGAUAACUUUUUCUUCUGGUGCUUUUUCUGUUUGAAUAUCUUGCAGUAAUGUCAUUUUGCAAAUAAAGUCUUUACUGCAGCAAUUAUGUCUCUUUUUCUGUCUUCUAUUUUUUUCAUAAACUGUACAUUCUAUAAAGCUACUCAGAGAUGGUCAUUCAUUUUUUUGUAUUGAAUUUCUGCAGCAAAAGAAACAAAAUGCAUGCAUUUACUAAACCCAACAAAACAAAAAUGUAGAGAGGGUUCAAAAAACUGUGCAAAACACAUUCUAUGAUCAAUACAAUAUACUGUCUGUUGUACAAGGGCAUACCUGACACAUAAAGUAAUGCAGUUUCUGUUAUUUCAGCUGAUGAUAGUUGUUUUUUUGUCAGUGUGUUAUGAUUGACUAAAUGUUUCAGUUGGAAGAGAACACGUGUUAGUGUUUUGAAUAAUUAUUUGCUUUUGAAACCUGUUUGCAUUGUUUUGUAGACAUAGUAU